UCAUCCACAGACAUCAGCCUCUAUCCUGGUGCUGAUGUCUGCUCACUGGGCCAGUUCCCCUGUGGCAACCUGUCUGUGUGCCUGCCCCAGCUCUACCACUGCAAUGGGGUCCAGGACUGUGCUAACGGAGCUGAUGAGGAGAACUGUGGUGAGUCUUGAACCACAGCAGUUACAGGAGGGUAAACAGAUGGUUAGUGUGCAGUGUCUGGUCGUUGAAGUGGGAGGGAGGGCAGUGGUGGUGGAAAUAAGAUAGCAUUUAGAAUACUAAUUUCUGCUUCAAUGAAUCUGCACUGAGAUAUUCAUCAAGCAAUUUGUCACAGUCACACAAAAUAUGAACAAACAUGUUGAUAACUUCACACAAUUAAGUUCCGCACAAAGAUAUACAAAUGCACAAAAAUAAAACAUGUCUCUAUCGUCUUUCCCUGUACAGUGGACAACAGCGGCUGGCCACAUCUUUUUGAUGCCUUUAUGAAGAAAAAUGUUGAAGAGUCGAAGGAAUGCAGUGAGUAUAAAUUAUAUUUUCAGAAGCAAAUGCACUGCUUUACAUUAAUAAUACGUUAACUAAAGCUGAAGUAAAGCAAAAACUUAAUCAACCCAUUUGAAAUAUGAAAUCAUACAUUGAGGUCAUCCAUUCAUAUCCUUCUGUUACUGUGAAUAGUAUAAAUCAUUUGAGCAAUUACAAGAAACUUCUUGGAAUUCUAUCAAACAAUAAUUACAGGAAAUGGUAUGUGGGGCAUCUGCGUGUGUGCAUGUUUCUUCUGUGCUUCUCUCCUGCAGUGUUGGACGUGUUCCCAGAGGUAUGUUUCUGUGAGGCCGGGAGAGUAAAUUGUAACAAAAAGGGACUACUCAGCGUCCCAGCUGUGUCUUCCAAUAUAACAGCUCUGUGAGUAUACUGGAUUCCUACCCUUGGGAAGUCUAACACUAGAACACAGUUAUUGGUAUUGGGAUGGCUAGAGUAGAUUGUAUUGUAACAUCUGGACAAAAUGUGUACAUCUAUGAUGGUGUCGUGGCAGUCAAACUAGCAGCUAUCUCUACCCUCAGUGAGCUGAACAGCAACCAGAUAACAGCUCUCCAACCAGACCAGUUCAUCCGCUACAGACACCUUGAGAGACUGUGAGUGUGAACCCCUCUUUUGACCGUUCCUUCUUUCUCUGCACUUGAAUCUAUUUAAAGGUCCUGUACAGUCAAAAACAUGUUUUUCUUCAAAUCCAAUGAUAUUGGGAUGAAACCAGAUCAACAAAGUAUGAACAAUUAUUGUUGCUGGUACAUACAGUGAGGGAAAAAAGUAUUUGAUCUCCUGCUGAUUUUGUACGUUUGCCCACUGACAAAGAAAUGAUCAGUCUAUAAUUUUAAUGGUAGGUUUAUUUGCACAGUGAGAGACAGAAUAACAACAACAAAAUCCAGAAAAACGCAUGUCAAAAAUUUUAUAAAUUGAUUUGCAUUUUAAUGAGGGAAAUAAGUAUUUGACCCCCUCUCAAUCAGAAAAAUGUCUGGCUCCCAGGUGUCUUUUAUACAGGUAACGAGCUGAGAUUAGGAGCACACUCUUAAAGGGAGUGCUCCUAAUCUCAGCUUGUUACCUGUAUAAAAGACACCUGUCCACAGAAGCAAUCAAUCACAUUCCAAACUCUCCACCAUGGCCAAGACCAAAGAGCUCUCCAAGGAUGUCAGGGACAAGAUUGUAGACCUACACAAGGCUGGAAUGGGCUACAAGACCAUCGCCAAGCAGCUUGGUGAGAAGGUGACAACAGUUGAAGCGAUUAUUCGCAAAUGGAAGAAACACAAAAUAAUAAUAAAUAAUAAUAUGCCAUUUAGCAGACGCUUUUAUCCAAAGCGACUUACAGUCAUGCGUGCAUACAUUUUUUUUUGUGUAUGGGUGGUCCCGGGGAUCGAACCCACUACCUUGGCGUUACAAGCGCCGUGCUCUACCAGCUGAGCUACAGAGGACCACUAAAAUAACUGUCAAUCUCCCUCGGCCUGGGGCUCCAUGCAAGAUCUCACCUUGUGGAGUUGCAAUGAUCAUGAGAACGGUGAGGAAUCAGCCCAGAACUACACGGGAGGAUCUUGUUAAUGAUCUCAAGGCAGCUGGGACCAUGGUCACCAAGAAAACAAUUGGUAACACACUAUGCCAUGAAGGACUGAAAUCCUGCAGCGCCCGCAAGGUCCCCCUGCUCAAGAAAACACAUAUACAUGCCCGUCUGAAGUUUGCCAAUGAACAUCUGAAUGAUUCAGAGGAGAACUGGGUGAAAGUGUUGUGGUCAGAUGAGACCAAAAUCGAGCUCUUUGGCAUCAACUCAACUCGCCGUGUUUGGAGGAGGAGGAAUGCUGCCUAUGACCCCAAGAACACCAACCGUCAAAUAUGGAGGUGGAAACAUUAUGCUUUGGGGGUGUUUUUCUGCUAAGGGGACAGGACAACUUCACCGCAUCAACAGGGCCAUGUACCGUCAAAUCUUGGGUGAGAACCUCCUUCCCUCAGCCAGGGCAUUGAAAAUGGGUCGUGGAUGGGUAUUCCAGCAUGACAAUGACCCAAAACACACGGCCAAGGCAACAAGGGAGUGGCUCAAGAAGAAGCACAUUAAGGUCCUGGAGUGGCCUAGCCAGUCUCCAAACCUUAAUCCCAUAGAAAAUCUGUGGAGGGAGCUGAAGGUUCGAGGUACCAAACGUCAGCCUCGAAACCUUAAUGACUUGGAGAAGAUCUGCAAGUACUAAGUCUUGUUUUGCAGAGGGGUCAAAUAAUUAUUUCCCUCAAUAAAAUGCAAAUCAAUUUAUAACAUUUUUGACAUGCAUUCUUCUGGAUUUUUUUGUUGUUAUUCUGUCUCUCACUGUUCAAAUAAACCUACCAUUAAAAUUAUAGACUGACCAUUUCUUUGUCAGUGGGCAAACGCACAAAAUCAGCAGGGCAUCAAAUACUUUUUUCCCUCACUGUAGGUAAAAUGUGAUUAUUGAUUAUUGGGCAGGUUAGCGUUUUUCGUCAUUAAUCUUAUUAAGUCAUCAUCUCAUCUCUAUAGAGCUGCUGCCUAUGCUUUCUGAAAAAAUAGUUAUUCAAAGUAAAUAAGGCAUACUUUUAUGACUACUGAAUGCUAACUAUCAAUCAGUUAGAUCAUGUAUUUUCAGGUAGAGAUACCUCACGAAGCAACUGCUUUCAAUCCCUCUCAAUCUGUAGGCCGUCAUUGUAAAUAAAAAUGUGUUCUUAACUGACUUGCCUAGUUAAAUAAAGGUAAAAUACAAAUACAAAUCUUACCUUCUCUCUUCUCUCCAUCUUCAUGUCUUCCCCACACAGACUGGACAAAUAGGCGCGCAAUGGAUUAUAGUCAUAUAGUUAAUUACCACAUUUUCUGCACUAAACUAUGUAGAAUGUUGGCCUGUUGGAAACUAAAACGUCCUACUAUAGAGCACAGUUUGGGCUUGAUCUGAUUAAUCUCUAGAGAAACUGUGCAUUGAGCUCACAGAAGAAACCAGAACGAAAUGGAAUUCAAAUAAUUUGGUAAAUUAGUUGUUUAAAAAACGAAAAAUGACAUUUUGGUUAAUCGCUCAGCACUACCUCCUGGACAAGACUCGUGACAAUAAAUGUUAAUUAUUGGGGAUGUAUGCGACAACACAUUUAGCCAGUCAUUUUAAUAUACCAACGGUAACGUCUUAUUCUCUUACCAAACAUAAAUAAGUACCGCUUUGUAACCUUCAUCGCAGAAGGCGUGUUCGCAGAGGGGCGUGGUUUACAUAGCUAGCUAGUCUACUGGUGCCAACAUUUGACUGCAGGGUGUAAUAUAAAUAUAACUAUAGAUUUCCCCUAUUCGUGUGUGGCAAAGAUACUUAUAGUUUUUCCCUUUUAUCUGUGUCUGGUGUUAGCUAGUUACUGGCUAGCUAGGUCUUCAUCCAUCCUGCAUGGAAAAAUGAAGGCUAUGACUCUGUUCCGAACUCCCACCCAGUUGUCAUGUCAACACACCUGUCAGUGCCUCUGCGAACCGCAACAGAUGAGAUAUGUCAAACCGGACAUGUAUAAUUUAUGAAGUGAACCCAGACCUUUCCCUGUCCAGUUUCAACUGAAAUUGUCCAACAUGAACCGAGCUAGAUAGCUAGGUAGCUUGAUAUAACAGUGCUGGCAGUUUCAUUUUGGAUAUACAUUUUACUGCCAGAAUUUUGUAUAUAUCGAUGCUGUUACAAUAACCAAAUAACCAAAUAAUUUGUGAAACCAUGAUGUGAUGUAUGACAGGAUUAGAUGUUGCAUGCAAUAUCAAUCUUGUUUGCUUGAGAUGAUCGCACUGCAACAUUGUGUCUAAGUUGCUUGACAUAGAUAGGUGUUUCAAAGAACUGUCAGUCAAGGUGAGCUCCCCACCCACUCAGCCUAUUAGCUUCCCACCCACUCAGCCUGGUCCUUCAGGUUGGUCCUUCAGCUUUACUGAUAGUUAAAUAUGAGAGAUAAUGUACAUUUUCUAAAAUUCUGAGCAUUUUAAAUGGGAACAAAUAUUGAUAUUUUACUUGGGAAAUAGGAUGACUGUUCAGGACCUUUAAAUGCAUGCAAUUCAAGUUGUAUGUCUAAUGUUAAUUAAAAAAUCACAAAGAGGGGUUAAAACCCUGGACAAUAAAAUGCCACACCAAAAAAUGUGUUUAAAAAUAUAUAUAUAUAUCAUUCAGUAAAUGUUUCUAUUCAUCCAUACUUAUGAAAAGGCAGGAUGUAGCCGUACCUUUACCUUCAAUAGCCACUUCUGUUGAAGGUUAACAUGUUUUGUGGAAUGUCCUACAUAAAUAAUUGUCCAGAUUGUCCAGUCUCUCUAUGUUACACCAUAAACAGAGAGGACUGCAUCCACCAACAAUGUGUGGCCUCGAAUGGUACAGUAUCUCCAUUCAACUGAAUGAUAAAGCCAUUGUUUUUGGAAAGUUGUUAAUUAAGAAAGUUGUGUUUGUCACAUACUAACAUACUCCUCAAUAUAAUUAUCCUCGCUCUGACGAUCAUCAUGUAGUUUUGUCUCAUUAUUGAUGAGAUCUUAUUUUCUUCCUCAUUAUACCAGGGCUUUCUCAUUAAAACCUUUUAAUAUGUUUCUGUUCCACAGACACUUGGAAGACAACAGGAUCAAAAGUAUCGCCAAGCAGGCAUUCUCAGGACUCUACUCACUAAGAAGACUGUAAGUCCAAAUUCAUUAUGGGCCACAGUCUGACCGGCGGUAACAUGUGCACAUCCCUUCAUCACCACAAAUCGUUGCCCUACAUCACACUUCAUGAAAACGUAUUGAAAGUUAUGUAGUAUGUAGUACUGUAGAAUGUGUAUGUGGGCCAACAAUUUGUGUUGAGCUCCUUGAGAACAAAACAUUUAGGGAAAUAAAAGAGAACCAGUCAAUUACUAAUUUACUGACUAAUUUACUGGCGCAUCCUUGAGAAGUGUAAAUACAUUCAGAUUGAGAUACUGUAGUCUUUCUCCGCUAUUCAAACCUAAGACAUGUGAAGCGCCCAGGUCUAGUAGACAUAAAUCAGAUGAUGCCCGGCUGGUCUGUAAUUAAAGGAAGACAUGAAAGCCCUUCAUCCUCCUCCGUCAGGAUUCGCACAGAGGACAGGGCAUCCUGGAGAUUAUAUACCAGUCACUCUGACAGCUAGCCUUGGAUAGUUGACAGCAAAAUCAACUACUCCUACUUUCCACUUGUCACAGCUAUUUUCACAUCCAGCUUAAUGUUAGUGGGAAAAGGCUUGUAAGUAAGCAUUUCACGGAUAAGUCUACACCUGUUGUAUUCGGCAAUUGACAAAUAAAACAUGAUUUGAUUUAGUGUCUCUCCUCUGUAUUCCUGAGGGUCCCAGGGUGUUAUCGGUGUCAGUGCUCUGUCCUAAUACACUCAGAUAGAAUUUGCAUGAGGAACAGAUGGAUGUGUUACCCUACCCUACCUCAUUCCAUAUUACUUGCAAGCAGUGGAAUGUUCAAAGUGAAGCAGUAAGAUCUGCAAUUACAACUGUCCCUUUGUCAAUAUUGUUUUAUUUACUAUAUGUUGUCCCAUAUUAAAUAUGAAUAUCUGGCUUUUCAUCUUAAAUGUACCUCCUCAUUCCCUUUGAUGUGUGUUUUUCCCUCCCUGUAAAACUGGCCUGCUGUGAUAAGAUUUCUCAGUCAGAAUCGGAUUACAUCAUUGAAGGCUGGCAUUUUUGGAGACCUGUGGAACCUGGAGUGGCUGUAAGUGAACUGGUGUGGAGGAUGUUUUCAGUUACCUUAAAGACACCUUCAUUAGGAAAUGCUUCAGUGCCUUUUUUUUUCUUCUUUUUUUUCACCUUUAUUUAACCAGGUAAGCCAGUUGAGAACAAGUUCUCAUUUACAACUGCGACCUGGCCAAGAUAAAGCAAAGCAGUGCGAUAAAAACAACAACACAGAGUUACAUAUGGGGUAAAAAAACAUAAAGUCAAAAAAUACAACAGAUAAUAUAUAUACAGUGUGUGCAAAUGUAGCAAGUUAUGGAGGUAAGGCAAUAAAUAGGCUAUAGUGCAAAAUAAUUACAAUUAGUAUUAACACUGGAAUGCUAGAUGUGCAAGAGAUUAUGUGCAAAUAGAGAUACUGGGGUGCAAAAGAGCAAAAUAAAUAACAAUAUAGGGAUGAGGUAGUUGGGUGGGCUAAUUUCAGAUGGGCUGUGAGAUCCUCAGUGGGAUUCAUGAGAUUGGUAGACAGUAUUUAUCUAAUUGAUACAAAAACACCUGUUUAUAUUGUUGGAAAAUGUGCUGCACUGGGCAGUUGUUUUCAGUGACCUUAAAGGGAUAGUUAGAGAUUUUGGCAAUAGGCCCUUUUUCAUACUUACCCAGAAUCAGAUGAACUCAUGGAUACCAUUGUUGUCUCUGCAUGCAGUUUGAAGAAAGUUAGAGGUAGUUUCUGGAGUGAUUGCUAACUAGCAUUAGCGCAAUGACUGGAAGUCUAUGGGAUCAGCUAGCUGAUUGCGCUAACGCUAGUUGAUCCCAUAGAUUGCUAGUUAGCAAUCGCUCCAGAAACUACCUCCAACUUCCGUCAAACUGCACACAGAGAUAUAUAAAUGGUAUCUAUGAGUUCAUCUGACUCUGGGUAGUAGAAAAAAGGUUUGGCUUAAUUGCCAAAAUCUUGAACUAUCCCUUUAAAGCCACCUUCAUUCUCUGCCUCAGAGAAUGCCUCAGUACCUUGUUUGUGCUGCACUAUUUUCCCAAGAAAGCAAUGAGCAUAAGGUAUAAUACAGUGUGACAUUUAUGGUGUAGCUAACAAUCCUCAUGUGUGAUACAUGAUGGGAUGAUAUCAAGGCCUAUGUACUAAUGCCCCCUAAGACUGUUCUUUGACAACAAUAAUUACAGCUCACGUAUAGCUCCAGAAGCUCUCUAUUCAUUUUGUCUAAUGUGACGGAUGUGAAACUCGUGAUAAUUACAUGAUCAAAGUCAACAAACAUAGAUGUAAAGGGUGGAGUGUGACACAUAAAUGGAUCUAUUUCCCUCUGUUCCCUCUGGGUGUAGGAUUCUUGAUGAAAAUAGAAUCGCAUCUCUGAGACAGAAAUCGUUUGAGGGGCUGAUAUCUUUAUUUUUCCUGUAAGUAUCAUGCCACUGUGCUUAUCACUUUAAGAUCUCAUGAGAUAUGCAUCAUCAUUUAACCAACAUGCUCUUUAAAUGUAAUUUAAUUUGGCUGCAGGUCUUUGUUGAACAAUUCCCUAGAAUCCAUCCCCAAGAAAUCUGUCUGCCUGGAAAUGCCUAGAUUAAACUGGCUGUGAGUAACAACAGAAUAACAUCUAACCCACUAUGAUGGAUAAUAUAUGUUGUUGUAUUUGACAACUCUUAAUCAUAUUUCCUCAUAACCAUGUUUAUUAUUUAUGACUGUUUGUCAUAAUCACUCUGCAACAGUAUCUGUUUUCAGAAACGUAUCAUUUUCUCGUCAAAACACUACCUUGAGUAUUUACCAACUACCAGAUACUGAUACUGAUAUGAUGAAUUAAUGCCAUUCUGGUCUGACACAUCUUUUUCACAGAGAACUGGAAGGGAACAGGAUUUCAUCUUUGUGGGUUUCCAGCUUUCAAAACUGCACCACUCUAACAGUACUGUGAGUUUUGUUUAAUUAAAAAUAUAUAUUUUCCUCAACUCAUUUACAAAAUUUUGUAAUCUUUGUACCAAAUCCAAUUACAUAGAAUGUCUUUACUGUCAUUAAUUUAUUUUACAACAAUUACAUCUUCACUAGAGAGAUGAAUGUAAUGAUAUGAUUUAUAUUUCAAAUUAAAUUCUGCCCUACCCUAAGGAGAAAUGUCCUACCGUAAAACCCACACUGGUAAGUGGUGCUAAUGCUAAAGCUAUGUACUUCAGUCUGGAGCCUCUGCACUACUGCAGCUGAUAAUGAUAAUUCAGUCUGAGGGAGAGAGACCACUGGAGCCCACACACAUUACAUUGGCAGUUUCUAUCACUAGUGAUUGCCUCUAGGGCCAUGUGUGAUGCUGAGAGUAAUCAGUACAGUCAGGGAAGAAAAAUUCUGAAAUGCGUGGGGUGUAUUAAAGCUUAGACACACCGGUAGGAUUGCCAAACGUUUGCCUGCCUAAAGUACUUAACACCUCUGAACAGAGUGUCGGCAGUCAAUCUGUUUUGUGUUCACACAGCAAAGACCUUGGAAGUCGUCAGCCACUCAGCCUUAAAAUAGCAUUGCUUGACAAUGCAUAUCUGUGCGUAUUGCUUAUGGUCUAGAUUCGAAGCUAUCUGCGCUAAUGUUGGUAUUUUGUAGAAAUCCCUUGUUGAUACUAGCCAGAUGGCUACAGCUAGAUAACUACUUCGCAAGAUGAUGAAUAAACAAUUGAAUGAACUCUCAUAAUCCCAUACAGCCAGCGCCAGCCCAUAGCCAAAUGUUUAGCUAGCUAGCUAACGUUAGCAUAUUCGCUAGCUCGCACAAAAUAGCUAGCUGGCUAGCUAAGGACACUGCACUAACUCGGCAGCUAACACAGGCAGCUGUUUCAUGGAAACUAGCUAAUCCAUUGUGGUUUAAUUAUAAUGUCAAGCUACAGUGGUUAGCUAGCUUGGAGGAAGUAUUUAGUGUUGUGUGCAUUGCGUCUGUGCACUUAGCUAGCUACCAUCCCAUAGCCUACAUUGCAUAUGAAGUGUGACUAGCUCAUCCAAUGGAUGUAUGAAGAAAAUGCCCUAUUUGUACCACAAAGAAAAUUGUUGGCUCCCCAACGUUGGGAUUCUUGCCCUCUGAUUGGCUCAAAGUCUAGUUGUUGGCCACUGACGAGCAUAGAGCUCGCAAGGUUGUAGUCCUAAAUCCUGGAAACAAGUUACCUGUGGUUUGUCAAAGAUUAUGGAUAUACUGACAUCAUACAUGUCUCUCCGCACUAAAAAUGAAAGUCGUUGUCCACAAAGCGGCACAGCGGGCUGUCUAGCUCCCGCCUAUCCAUUCUUUGAAUUGGUGGAUACAUCUCAUUAUUGUAAUCUUUUUUUCAAUAUUCGAUGAGGGUUGUUGACGUCAAACGCCUGUAUUCAAUGGAGAGAGAUGCUAUGCUACUAGCCUUAUGCCAUGAAUAUGUAUAGCCAUCUUGAGACAACUCCAAUAUAAAGUAUUUUUUCUCAAAGUUGGCGGGAUGUCACGUGUCUUACAAAUAUUUUUUAUUUGAUUUAUUUUACCUUUAUUUAACUAGGCAAGUCAGUUAAGAACAAAUUCUUAUUUACAAUGACGGCUUACACCGGCCAAACCUGGACGACGCUGGACCAAUUGUGCGCCGCCCUAUGGGACUCCCAAUCACGGCCGGUUGUGAUACAGCAUGGAAUCAAACCAGGGGGUCUGUAGUGACGCCUCAAGCACUGAGAUGCAGUGCCUUAGACCACUGCGCCACUCGGGAGCCCAUAUCAGUACACUCAUAACAACUUAAGCGUUAUGAAACUUCUUUUUGAUCAAAUAAAUCUCAUGUAGCAAAUAAGCCAUUAAUGUUUUUAUUUUAUUUAUUUUAUUUAUUUUAUUUAUUUUAUUUAUUUUAUUUAUUUUAUUUAUUUUUUAUUUUUUAGGGGGUAGAUCAGCUUUAAUACUUCAGAUAGAUUGUAACUUCCACCAAUGUAAUUGUCUGCAUCACUUCCAAUCCAACCAUAUGUUUUUUUUCUCGCAAAUAUAUACAGUGAAGAAAAAAAGUAUUUGAUCCCCUGCUGAUUUUGUACGUUUGCCCACUGACAAAGAAAUGAUCAGUCUAUAAUUUUAAUGGUAGGUUUAUUUGAACAGUGAGAGACAGAAUAACAACAAAAAAAUCCAGAAAAACGCAUGUAAAAAAUGUUAUAAAUUGAUUUGCAUUUUAAUGAGGGAAAUAAGUAUUUGAUCCCAUCUCAAUCAGAAAGAUUUCUGGCUCCCAUGUGUCUUUUAUACAGGUAACGAGCUGAGAUUAGGAGCACACUCUUAAAGGGAGUGCUCCUAAUCUCAGUUUGUUACCUGUAUAAAAUACACCUGUCCACAGAAGCAAUCAAUCAAUCAGAUUCCAAACUCUCCACCAUGGCCAAGACCAAAGAGCUCUCCAAGGAUGUCAGGGACAAGAUUGUAGACCUACACAAGGCUGGAAUGGGCUACAAGACCAUCGCCAAGCAGCUUGGUGAGAAGGUGACAACAGUUGGUGCGAUUAUUCGCAAAUGGAAGAAACACAAAAUAACUGUCAAUCUCCCUCGGCCUGGGGCUCCAUGCAAGAUCUCACCUCGUGGAGUUGCAAUGAUCAUGAGAACAGUGAGGAAUCAGCCCAGAACUACAUGGGAGGAUCUUGUCAAUGAUCUCAAGGCAGCUGGGACCAUAGUCACCAAGAAAACAAUUGGUAACACACUACGCCGUGAAGGACUGAAAUGCUGCAGCGCCCGCAAGGUCCCCCUGCUCAAGAAAGCACAUAUACAGGGCCGUCUGAAGUUUGCCAAUGAACAUCUGAAUGAUUCAGAGGAGAACUGGGUGAAAGUGUUGUGGUCAGAUGAGACCAAAAUCGAGCUCUUUGGCAUCAACUCAACUCGCCGUGUUUGGAGGAGGAGGAAUGCUGCCUAUGACCCCAAGAACACCAUCCCCACCGUCAAACAUGGAGGUGGAAACAUUAUGCUUUGGGGGUGUUCUCCACCAAGUACUAAGUCAUGUUUUGCAGAGGGGUCAAAUACUUAUUUCCCUCAUUAAAUUGCAAAUCAAUUUAUAACAUUUUUGACAUGCGUUUUUCUGGAUUUUUGUUGUUGUUAUUCUGUCUCUCACUGUUAAAAAAAACCUACCAUUAAAAUUAUAGACUGAUCAUGUCUUUGUCAGUGGGCAAACGUGCAAAAUCAGCAGGGGAUCAAAUACUUUUUUCCCUCACUGUAAAUAACAUUCUAUUGGUAGCAAGAAUUUUGUAUAAUAAUUUAAAGUUUUGAAUCCGGCGUCGUUUUGCGUAUCAAUUCAUAAACACUAUGCCAUGGAAUCGGUACGUCAAAAAUCUCUUCCCAACUAUUUUGCAAUCUAUAUGGGACGGCUGUCAAUCCUUUGGUCCUUAAAUGAAACUGGUAUACUUUUUUAUUUAUCACAAUUUUCUUUAACCAAUUAUAUUCUUUAAUGCAAGGCCGGCAGACAAGUUCCUUACUUUUUCCCCCUUCCACUUUCCUUUUCCAUUUUUGUGGUAAUGCUGCAAUUAUUUGGUUGUAAUUUUGUGUAGAGCAGACAUUUCCAUAUGUUUUUGUUAGCUGCAUGUGCGACAUAACUCCACCAGUCCUACCGAUAAUAUAAUUUACGAAGAUUAUACCUUUUGUAAACAUUUUGUCAAAAGAAAUAGGUUUUUUAUCAAUUAGUAUAUUUGAGUUUAACCACAAUAUUUGUUGCAUUAUUUGUUCUGUCGUUUCUGAAGGAUUAAAUUGAAAUUGCAACCAACUUUCUAUGGCUUGUUUUAGAAAUAGUGAUAUUUGGGAGAUUAUUUCCUUUUCAAAUAAUUUAAAGUGAGAGGUUGUAAUCUGAAUAAAGGGAAAAAUGCCAUUCUUGAACAUUGGGUGAGACAAUCUUACUAAUUUGCUAGAGAACCAGUUCGGAUUUAAGUAUAACUUUUGUAUGACUGAAGCUUUUAGUGAUAGGUCUAAUGCUUUAAUAUUUAAUAAUUUCUGUCCUCCGAAUUCAUAUUCAUUAUAUAAAUAGGCCCGUUUAAUUUUGUCUGGCUUGCCGUUCCAAAUAAAAUGGAAUAUUUUUUUCUCAUAUAAUUUAAAAAACUGUUUGCUAGGCGUAGGCAAGACCAUAAGCAAAUAGGUAAAUGGGGAUAAUACUAAAGAGUUAAUCAGGGUGAUUUUUCCACAAAUUGACAGGUAUUUACCUUUUCAUGGUAGCAAGAUCUUAUCUAUUUUUGCUAACUUUCUAUUAAAAUGUAUUGGAGUGAGAUCAUUUAUUUCAUUUGGGAUAUGUAUUCUGAGUAUAUCCACAUCACCAUCAGACCAUUUUAUUGGUAAACUACAUGGUAAUGUAAAAAUUGUAUUUUUUAGUGAUCCAAUACGUAAUAUAGUACAUUUAUCAUAAUUUGGUUGUAAUCCAGAGAGGUUAGAAAAUGUAUCUAGAUCCUCUAUGAGGCUGUGUUGGGAUUCAAGUUGUGGAUUUAAAAGAAAACAUGAAUCAUCAGCGUACAAUGACACCUUUGUUUUUAAGCCCUGGAUUUCUAAUCCCUUGAUAUUAUUGUUGGAUCUGAUUUUAAUAGCUAACAUCUCGAUGGCAAUAAUAAAUAGAUAUGCCGAUAGUGGACAACCUUGUUUCACUCCUCUUGACAGUUUAAAACUUUCUGAUAAAUAGCCAUUAUUUACUAUUUUACACCUAGGGUUACUAUACAUGAUUUUAACCCAAUUUAUAAGAGAUUGUCCACAAUUGAAAUGCUCCAGGCUUUUAUAUAUAAACCCCAGUCGUACUUUAUCAAAUGCCUUUUCGAAGUCUGCUAAUAUAGUAGGCCUGGUUUCCCAGAUUUUUUAUAGUGUUCUAUUGUUUCCAGUACUUGCCUUAUAUUAUCUCCAAUGUAUCUUCCAUGUAAAAAACCUGUCUGAUUAGAAUGAAUAAUGUCCGACAAUACCUUUUUAAUUCUAUGCGCUAUACAUUUUGCUAGAAUUUUUGCAGUGUAACCGGCCUCCAAUUUUUUUAAUGGACUGGAUCUUUAUAUUUUCCACUUGUAUCCUGUUUCAGUAAUAAUGAAAUCAGACCUUCUUCUUGAGUGUCUGAUAAUCUACCAUUUACAUAGGAGUGGUUAAAACAUGCUAAUAACUGUCCUCUGAGUAUAUCAAAAAAGGUUUGGUAUACCUCGACUGGUAUGCCAUCCAACCCUGGAGUUUUCCCAGACUUAAAGUCUUUAAUUGCAUCCAGAAGUUCCUCCUUUGUAAUUUCACCUUCACAUGAGUCUUUCUGUAUGGCUGUUAAUUUUACAUUAUCAAUAGAAAAAAAUCUCUACAAUUUGCUUCAGUUAGAGGAGAUGGAGGCGAUUGAAACGAAAACAUAUGCUUAAUGUUAUUAAUGUUUUUGUUGACCAUACAAAACGUCCUUGUUUGGUGGGCCAAACAAAGAAAGAUCUCCACCUGCUGGAGCGAGACAGAUUUUCCGCUGAGUUGGGUCUCUCUCUUCCUCUUCCUCUCUGGGUUCGUUCAGCCAUCAUUAUGGGGGGAAAAAAUGAAUGGCUAAAGAAUAGGGUUUUGGAAUAAACGCCGAAAACAAGGUCUGAGGUUAACACAGUCUGAGGUUAACACGUUUUGUUCUAUGAGAUAAUAGCAGUCAGUUAACAUUACCUUUAUAAUUUAUGAAGCUUUUAUGUGCUUUUAUAAAUGAUAAAAAUUCUUCCAAAUUCACAAAAAGUGAUGUAAGCUAAUGAAGAUUAUCUCAUAGAACAAAACAUUUAAGAUCUCCUGAACCUGUGUUUACCACAUACCUUAUUUUCAGCUUUUAUCUAAAAACCCUACAAAAACUCCAUUCAUUUUCUCCCUAGGUGUCACGAAUUCCGCCGAGUCUGCUCCUCCUCCUUGUUCGGGCAGGCUUCGGCGUUCGUCGUCCCCGGAGUACUAGCUACUACCGCUUGAUGUUCUCUAUGUUUGUUUGGUUUUGUCUUGUUGGUGCACCUGUUUCGUCUUAUGUAUUGAUUAUGUCACCUAUAAGUUUCCUUUGGUUUUGUUUGCAGUUGUGUGUUGUUGUCCGCCUGUCCGUUGGUGUACAUUGUAUUUUGUUGUUAGUGUAUUUACGCACUGUUUGCGUAAUCGCUCGCCUCCUGUGUUCGAGGCCCGUUAUUUUUGCAUUGUCGUGGUGAACUAGUAAAGUCGUUUUGACUGAGCUUCUGUGUCCUGCGCCUGACUCCUACACCGCAUCCACAUCAGCUUUGUGACACUAGGCUUUGUUUAAUGAACCAUGGCGGAGUUAGUGCCUACAAAAAGACGCCUUUAUUAUUUCUCUCCAUUGCGAUUCUACAAGUAGAAUCGGGUUUGCCACUACCGGGUCGGCACGCAGCAGGUACCGCUUUUGUUCUAGCAAGAGAAGGAACAGCCUCCCACUGUGAUAGGUACCUAUCGUGAGUCUAUCGGCAGUGAGAUUCUUGGUGUGUUUCAUGCUUUAGCUCUCUCAAUUGAAGGUGAUGGUGGAGUCAAUGUGGGGUCGAGAAUCUGGAAAUACUCUGGUAGACUCUUUGGGUGUUUCUCAAUAUGCAUACUAUCAUGCUCCACACUCUCAUGCUCCGAGUGUAUUCUCCGAGGACGUUCUCUUGAGUACGUUCUUGUGAGGACCAGGUUGUGGAGAACGCAUAAAACAUUACAUUUGAGAAGCACUCGCACUCCCGCCACUAUAUUACCUCACGCUGCACCUCCCCAUUCACUGAACCUUCUUCCAACCAGGACAAUGGCAACAGAGACAAAACAAGAUAUACACAAAACAAAUGUUUUACUUUAUAACUAUCAGCUAGCUAUAUGUGAAUUGUAUUAAUGUAGCUAACCAGAUAGUUGAACAGGCAAAAAUGACCUAAAACUAAUGGGUAGAUGUCAAUUAUUUUUGGGUAGCUAGCUCUCUGACAAUUCUUGAUGGCUUUCUGGCUAGCUAACUGUAGUAGCUAGCCAGUUAGCCCUAUUGACUUACUAUGGGUUUGCGAUUUACGCAAACUUCAGUGGGCAUUGUAGGCAGGUAAACAUGCCAAAAUUAACACAGCAUAUACAGUGCAUACGGAAAGUAUUCAGACCCCUUCACGUUUUCCAAAUGUUAUUAUGUUACCGCCUUAUUCUAAAAUGGAUUAAAUAAAACAUUUUCCUCAUCAAUCUACACACAAUACCCCAUAAUGACAAAGUGAAAACAGGUUUUUUGUAUUAAAAAUAAAAAAACAGAUACCUUAUUUACAUAAGUAUUCAGACCCUUUGCUAUGAGACUCGAAAUUGAGCUCAGGUGCAUCCAGUUUCCAUUGAUUAUCCUUGAGAUGUUUCUACAACUUGAUUGGAGUCCACCUGUGGUAAAUUCAAUUGAUUGGACAUGAUUUGGAAAGGCACACACCUGUCUAUAUAAGGUCCCACAGUGGACAGUGCAUGUCAGAGCAAAAACCAAGCCAUGUGGUCGAAGGAAUUGUCCGUAGAGCUCCAAGACAGGAUUGUGUCGAGGUACAGAUCUGGGGAAGGGUACCAAAACAUUUCUGCUGCAUUGAAGACCCCCAAGAACACAGUGGCUUCCAUCAUUCUUAAAUUGAAGAAGUUUGGAACCACCAAGACUCUUUCUAGAGCUGGCCGCCCGGCCAAACUGAGCAAUCAGGGGAGAAGGGCCUUGGUCAGGGAGGUGACCAAGAACCCUAUGGUCACUGACAGAGCUCCAGAGUUCCUCUGUGGAGAUCGGAGAACCUUCCAGAAGGACAACCAUCUCUGCAGCACUCCACCAAUCAAACCUUUAUGGUAGAGUGGCCAGACGGAAGCCACUCCUCACAUGACAGCCUGCUUGGAGUUUGCCAAAGGCACCUAAAGGACUCUCAGACCAUGAGAAUCAAGAUGCUCUGGUCUGAUGAAACCAAGAUUGAACACUCUGGCCUGAAUGCCAAGCGUCACGUCUGGAGGAAAUCAGCACCGCUCAUCACCUGGCCAAUACCAUCCCUACGGUGAAGCAUGGUGGUGGCAGCAUCAUGUUGUUGUGGGGAUGUUUUUCAGCGGCAGGGACUGUGAGACUAGUCAGGAUCGAGGGAAAGAUGAACGGAGCAAAGUACCGAGAGAUCCUUGAUGAAAACCUGCUCCAGAGCACUCAGGACCUCAGACUGGGGAAAAGGUUCACCUUCCAACAGGACAAUGACCCUAAGCACACAGCCAAGACAACGCAGGGGUGGCUUCGGGACAAAUCUCUGAAUGUCCUUGAGUGGCCCAGCCAGAGCCCAUCUUGAACCCGAAUGAACAUCUCUGGAGAGACCUGAAAAUAGUUGUGCAGCGACGCUCCCCAUCCAACAUGACAGAGCUUGAGAGGAUCUGCAGAGAAGAAUGGAAGGAACUCCCCAAAUACAGGUGUUCCAAGCUUGUAGUGUCAUACCGAAGAAGACUCAAGGCCGUAAUUGCUGCCAAAGGUGCUUCAGCAAAGUACUGAGUAAAGGGUCAGAAUACUUAUGUAAAUGUGAUAUUUCAGUUUUAUUGUAAUUUUUUUGCAUUUGCAAACAUUUCAAAAAAUAUGUUUUUGCUUCGUCAUUAUGGGGUAUUGUGUGUAGAUGUAAUCAAUUUUAGAAUAAGGCUGUAACGUAACAAAAUGUGGAAAAAGUGAAGGGGUCUGAAGACAUUUCGAAUGCACUGUAUUUAUUAACAUAUCAAGUAAAAAAUAUUGUUGUCAGGCAACAUAUAAGAUGUGAAUAGGCAACAUUUAUUUCCGAAGUCGGAGUGCAUUUUCUCUCGCUUCAGCUCAAAUAAUGUCCGGCAGUGAAAAAAAAAUAUUUGCAUAAUUUUUUAAGUGGUUGCAUCAUAUUUCUGUGCAUACUUUCCGUUAAGCUUGCAUCCAUGCAUGCUUAAAAAUAUGUACACACGGAGUACGCAUUCGAGAAGUGCCCAUGCUCCAAUUUGCAUGCUCGGAGCACAGUAGUAUGCAUUUUGAGAAACACCCUUUGACUUAUCUAAACCUGAGUGCUAAAUAUAGCAUGUAUCCUGUGAUGUCAGCUUAAUGCCUCGAUCACACCGACAGUGUCAUUGCAUUUCUGUACACCAGAAGUACAUUAAUUUCCAAUGGAACACUGCCUUUGCCUUGCAGCAUUGCAUUGCAGAGGAAGUUUACAGUGCAUCCUGUGUGGUGCAUUCAUUGGAUUUAUCGAACAUAUGCAUCAAAUUAUAUGCGUAGAAGGCUUGAUGGAAAUGGUAGCAGAAGGUGAAUGUUGAACUUCUGCUGCGCACAUAUCCAGAUGAUGCUGCAUACCAUUUUGCGCAAAAACGCUGUAGGUCUGAUCGAGGUGUAAGCAUUUGCUGGCCGAGAGUACUUAGCACCUCUGAAUGGAAUUUGCAGAGUCCGCACCGAUUUUCCAUCAGGUAUCAGGUGAAAAAUGUGGGUGGCCCCUAAAACACAGUGGCUGAACCAGCAGAUGAAUGCUUGACCACUUGAUCCACGUUCGAUGUGCGAUUAUUGAGGCAGGGCUGGAUUUCCUCUGGUGAGGGAUGAGUAAAAUCAAUAAAUCAAAUAGAGUUUGAUAGGUAUUAGUGGGAGAAAAUAAUUUGUUUUGCUUUUAUAUAAAUAGUACCUAAUUUCUUUAGGAUAUACCUACUAUCAAAUUAAACUCUAAAUAAAAUCUAACAAACAGUGUAUGUAAAUUACUAUUCAAGUCAUGUAACUGGUCUAGUAGGGACUGUUCUUGAAUAACAAUUACUACUUAUAGGGACAUUUAUUUUGCAGGGCUCUUCGAAAGAACAGAAUACAAACCAUUGAGGAGGGAAUCUUUUUUGGAAUGCCAAACCUGAUAGACCUGUGAGUUAACUUUACUUAACACAACAUGAUAUGGGUCAAAUAAUGCUGUAGAAUGUAUUUCAUUGUUGAAAUUAUUAUUUUGUCAUUCCAGGGACGUAUCUGUAAACAAAAUUGAGGAGUUCUCCUCAACUAUGUUUAGAAAUCUUCAAAACCUAAAACAGUUGUGAGUAUAUCCAAUUUCUAUUUGAAUCCUAUCCCUAAUAUACACUGAGUAUACCAAACAUUAGGAACACCUUCCAAAUUUUGAGUUGCAACCCCUGCUUUUGCCCUCCGAACAGCCUCAAUUUGUCGGUGCAUGGACUCUACAAGGUGUCGAAAGCGUUCCACAGCGAUGCUGGCCCAUGUUGACUCCAAUGCUUCCCACAGUUGUGUCAAGUGCCUUGCUCAAGGGCACAUCAGCAGGUUUUUCACCUAGUAAUCUCAGGGAUUUGAACCAGCAACAUUUCAGUUACUGGCCCAAAGCGCUUAACCACUAGGCUACCUGCCAAGCCUUCCAAAGGCACUUCAAUCUUUUGUCUUUCCCAUUCACUCUCUUAAUGGCACACAUAAUCCAUGUCUCUAUUGUCUCAAGGCUUAGAAAUCCUUCUUUAACCUGUCUCCUCCCCUUCAUCUACACUGAUUGAAGUAGAUUUAACAAGUGACAUCAAUAAGGGAUCAUAGCUUUCAUCUGGAUUCACCUGGUCAGUUUAUGUCAUAGAAAGAGCAGUGUUCUUAAUGUUUUGUAUACUCAGUGUAUAUACUAUUUUGAAAGAUGUUCUUGUUACUUACAAUGGAUUUACUGAAUGCGUUUGAUCCACUUUGUACGAUCAAGUAGGAGAAAUACUAACUUUAUAUUGUUGAGUUGCAGUUUAUUAACUGCGCUGCUCAAAGAGUCUUCCAUCAACCUGGCCUUGAGGCCAUGUUGACCACAGAGACAGGGGCGAUAAAUCAAAGUGAUAUAACCUGCCCUGUAUUGAUGUUUCCCCCUCUUCUCUCAGGAACAUCUCAAAUAACCCUCUAACUCAUAUCUAUGAUGAUCAGUUUGACAUGUUUGUCAAUUUGCAGUCUCUGUAAGUAAUAGUUUUUAUUUUAUACAGUACUUAUGUGACAUGGUCUACUAGCUUUAGGGAAUUGGAGAAAGAGUAAUGUUUUUGCUCCCCUCAGGAGUAUAGAGGAGGUUGAGAUACCAAACAUCAGUAUUCAGAUGUUUCGCUCUCUUAGCAACUUGUCCCAUAUGUGAGUAUAUAUUCUGUCUUCAUUUAUUAUUCUUAUGUCAUCAACAUUUUAUUUCAUACUGUAUAAACGGUAAGGCACUAAGCCUGUAGAAGCUGCUAAUUGGGAUUUAAUUCAUUUAAUAGUUUGUUAGAAGCUUACUGUACAGGGUAAAAACACGGGAUAAAUAUAGUAUGCGUAAAUGUCUAAACAUUCGUUGCCAAUUACCUACCAACAAGUAAUGAAUUCAUGGCUUCUCAUGCAUGCAUAAUACAGGACUGUUUAUAAGUGUUUGAUAAGCUACUUACAAACAGUGGACCAACGACUAAUUAGCAGCUUAUACAGGCUUAAUUAGGCCAUUAUACAAUAAAUGGACUCCUAAAAUAAGCAGCUGUGUUGCUUGGUGUACAGUAAGGUGUUGUUACUACAAAUAAUGUUUAAUCAACAAUAAUGUUUAGUCAGCACAGGUCAGGUCCACACUGCAUAUAAAGCACCAAAGCCUAGUUAGAGGGCAGUUAAGCACUCUGUAUAACUGUAUCCAUUUGUUAGCUAAUCUCUCUUCUCUGACAAAGCACAUUAUAAUACCCUAAAAAAAUGGUUAACUGUUAACUUCAGAAGUAAGUUUGUAAAUUCAUUCAAAGGUGAUUAAUUGUGAUAUUUUUAAAUAUUUUUUCUUGACCCAGUUAUUUUAAGAAAUUUGAAUACUGUGGCUACUCUCCUAAUGUGCGAAGUUGCAAGCCAAACACUGACGGGAUUUCAACAUUUGAGAAUCUUCUUGCGAACAUCAUCCUUCGUGUUUUUGUGUGGGUGGUGGCCUUCAUCAUCUGCUUUGGCAACGUCUUUGUGAUCUGCUUGAGGUCUUGCAUUGCAUCUGAAAACCACCACCACACCAUGGCCAUCAUAUCACUGUGCUGUGAGUAGACUACCUCAACACAAUGAGGGCAGCAAUCACUUCUCAUUACCUUGUACUUAGCUAACUCAUUAUUUAUUGAGAUUCGUAAAACUCCUCUCAUAACAAACUAUACAUACUAACUAAGAUCCCUGAAAUCCAUCCUAUCUGUUAGGUGCUGACUGCCUGAUGGGAGUCUACCUGUUCUUCAUCGGUGCGUUUGACAUCAAAUACUGUGGAGAGUACAACAGACAUGCCCAGCUGUGGAUGGAGAGCCUGCAGUGCCAGUUGAUUGGCUGUCUGGCCAUGCUGUCCACUGAGGUGUCAGUCAUGCUUCUGACCUACAUGACUCUGGAGAAGUACCUGUGCAUUGUGUUCCCCUUCCACAACUACAGAGCCGGACGUAAACAGACGCUCUGCUACCUCAUCUUCAUCUGGGUCCUGGGUUUCAUUAUUGCCGUCAUUCCCUUAUGGGACAAGCAGACAUUUGGGAAUUACUACGGCAGGAAUGGAGUAUGUUUUCCACUUCACUCAGACGAGAUGGAGAAACCAGGGGCCCGAUGCUACUCCACUGGAAUAUUUCUGGGUAAGAGGAACAUCCCUCUGAGCACGCUGAAAAUACAUAUUUUUGGUUGAAAAUAUGUCCUUUUGGUUGAAAAUGUAUUGUGCUCACUGGGAUAGGAAUCAGCCCUGAUGGUGGUGAAUCAACAAAAUAAUGAGGAUAAUAUGAGAUGAGGAUGGAAUUCCACAGGCCUUGGAUUGUGUUUCAUGUAUUUCCCUGGGUGGACAUGAGACUGCCAUGAAAAAAAGGGUUUAUCAUCUCAUCAUCAUCAUCUUAGAUCUCAGCUAGACUUUUCUCUCACAGCGAUAAGGACUUCUUAUAUACCAAUUAGUUCUACUCAAUUCUAAUCCGUUCCAAUCAGUUCAAAUCUCCAUGAGAAAAGAAAGAUCACGAAUUUCAGCAAGUUUUGCAAUACCUUUACACUGAUUAUGGUUUUACCUACAUAAUUUGGUUUUAUUCAAUGCAUAUGUCAGGACGGGUACAUUGUAAAGUGUAAUGAAAGCAUGUUUUUCACAUUUUGUCCUUCAGGGUUGAAUCUCUUUGCAUUCAUCAUGAUCGUCUUCUCCUACACCAGCAUGUUUUACUCUGUACAGAAAACAGCUAAGACAGCAAGACAGUCUGUCUACAACAAGGAGGUCUCUAUAGCCAAGAGGUUUUUCUUCAUCGUUUUCACAGAUGCCAUGUGUUGGACACCUAUAUUCAUCCUAAAGAUCCUCUCUCUUUUACGAGUGGAAAUAGCAGGUAAACCAGAUACAUGUGGUUACAUGAUUACUACUAUUAAAUUGCAAUCAUUAUGUUUAAUCUUUGUGAACUCCUCGUCCUCUUCCUCCGGCUCCUCCUCCACCCCAUCAUCCUCCUCUUUCUCCCUGUCCUCCAGGAACAAUCGUUCUAUGGGUGGUGAUCUUCAUCCUGCCCAUCAAUAGUGCUUUAAACCCCAUCCUGUACACCAUCACUGCCAGCUCCUUCCAGGAGAAACUCAAACUCUGCCUGAAGGCCAAGUGCAAACAGGCUGGGCUCAGGGAAACGUCCCAAAAAGUAUCUGAAGUCUACCAGAACCCCAGUGCUCCCCCU